CACGUAAACUCGAUUUCAGGUCUUGAAAGUUUGGAAAUAAAGGAGUGAUAAACGACCAUAAACGAUAAAGUGCGGGGUUUGGAAAUGACAGAGAGGCGAGUGUGACGUGACUGACCAUCUGACGACGACGACGUGGUGGAGGCGGUGGAGCUGCUUGUGACGGAUGCGUCGCGCACCGUGCGGUGAUGUGAGCGGGAGGGCAGCCCACGGUCGCCCACGGUCGUCACACGGAGGACGGAGUAACACGCUGUUUUUCCGGGUAAGACGUCCUCAGUGAUGGAUGGAAUACAGGCCAUAAUGACUUAUCUGAUCUGCCUGCUUUCCCUGAAUCUGCCGAAGUUUGAGACGGUCGGUGGGAAAGUGUUGGAGGAGACGUACAUGAAGUGGGUCCAGUACAAGGACAACUGUGUCAGAAUGAUGACGGCUGAGCCGUUUCCUCAAGGUAUGGAGUCGCUGACAGCAAAAAGGAGUGUGGUGCAAAAUAGAAUAAAAGGCAUAAAAGAAAAUAUUGAAACAUCUGUUUUGGUACAUUGUUCUUUCCUAGUGGGCUUGUUUUGUAACAGGACAUUUGACAGAUACGCCUGUUGGCCUGAUGCUCCAGCCGGCUCUGCGGUCAACAUUUCGUGCCCUUUCUACCUGCCCUGGUACGACAAAGUGUCGCAGGGCGUUGUGCGUCGGCGGUGUGGCCCCGACGGCCUCUGGGAGAGAGACGGCAGCGGACGCGUGUGGAGGGACAUGAGUCAGUGUGAGGAGGAAAAAGAGGUCACAUCCCAGGAGCUGUGGUUCAAGCAGUUGAUGGUGAGCUUCAGGGUGCUGUACACCGUUGGCUAUUCCUUGUCCCUCCUCUCACUCACGAUGGCGCUUAUCAUCCUUCUGGGUGUAAGGAAACUGCAUUGCACCAGGAACUACAUUCAUGCCAACCUUUUCCUGUCCUUCAUCCUGCGAGCCGUGUCCGUGAUCGUUAAAGACACCAUGCUGGAACGCCACUGGGGGCGGCAAAUCAUGAGACCGUCGGACGUGAGCGAGAUGCUCAGUCACCAGGCUGCGCUAGGCUGCCGGUUAGCGCAGGCUAUGAUGCAGUAUUGUGUCCUGGCCAAUCACUACUGGUUCUUUGGAGAGGCCGUGUAUUUGUACUCGGUGCUAAUUGCCUCGGUUUUCAUCGACAACAACAAGCCCUUGCCGUAUAUCUGCCUUGGCUGGGGAGUUCCUCUGCUGUUUGUGGUUCCCUGGGUCGUGAUGAAGCUGUUAAAAGAGAACAAAGAGUGUUGGGCCUUCAAUGAGAACAUGAGCUACUGGUGGAUUAUUCGUUUCCCAAUACUGUUUGCGUCACUUAUCAGCUUUCUGAUUUUCAUGAAGAUCCUGAAGGUCAUUCUUUCCAAAUUACGGGCCAGCCACCAAAGUGGAUACCCAGACUACAAACUACGGCUGGCCAAAGCAACCCUAACCCUUAUUCCUCUCUUUGGGAUCCAUGAGAUUAUAUUCAUAUUUGCCACAGAUGAGCAGACGACAGGCGUUCUGCGCUACGUUAAAGUCUUUUUCACCCUUUUUCUCACUUCAUUUCAGGGUUUUCUGGUGGCUGUGCUCUAUUGUUAUGCCAAUACAGAGGUGAGGACAGAGCUGAGAAGGAAGCUUCACAGCUGGAGGAUAGCGACAGUGACUGGACCCGAGUAAACGCAUCCUCCCAUCACCUGAUUGCAACAGAUCUAGAUUCACAGCAACAAGGGCAUCAUUGUGUUUCACCCACUCACAAGAGUUCACGUUUUUAGAUGCAGGUUCAGCCAGUUUCUUCGCAGAACGAUGGUUCUGACCUGUUCAUGAGCAGAAGAGAGACCCUGCAGCACCGAGAUCAGACGGAGACUGGACAAUUAUUUGUGGCAACGUAAGUGUCCUUCCUGCUUCAGCUUUAAGGUCGUGUAGCUACUCCCACACUAUCUAUAUAAAUACAUCCUUCAAGUACAACUCCCACCACGGUCACUUCCAGAAGUUCUCCGAUGAUGCCGCCAAUCUUGGAUGUGUAUCAGGGGGGAAACGAGUAGGAGGACAGGGGGGUCAUCUCUGACUUUAUGGGCUGGUGUGAAAAUAACCACCUCAACAACAAAUCCUCAACACCAGCAAAGCAAAAGAGCUCGUUCUGGACUUCAGAAAGUCCCCUCCACCACCUACACCGGUGAACAUCCAGGGCUCAGACACUGAGACUGGGGACACAUUUAAAUACCUGGGUGUUCAUCCUCAACAGUAAACUGGACUGGUCAAACAACACGUAUAAGAACAGCCAGAGUGGCCUCCACCUGCUGAGGAGACUGAGGUCCUUUGGUGUGUGCAGACAGCUGCUAAGGACUUUCUAUGACACUGUGGUGGCCUCAGUAGUCCUGUAUGGAGUUGUGUGCUGGGGGGGGGGGCAGUACAGGCAGAGACGGGAAGAGCCUCAACAAGCUGGUUCAGACAACAGGCUCUGUCCUGGGCUGCACACUGGAGUCCAUGGAGGAGGUGGUGGACAGAAGGAUGCUGGUAAACUAACAUCCAUCAUGGAGAACCCUCCACCCCCUGCACCACUGUAGAGGCUCUGAGCAGCUCCUUAAUCACCAGACUGUUACACCCACAGUGCAGGAAGGAGCGCUGGCGCAGGGCGUUAUUCAUAUAACAUUGUUUUUACCGCUGUGAAUAUGUAGGGCAUGCAGAGACAACAUUGAUGCCUUGUUCUUGCACAGUUUAUCACUGCUGUACAAGUAUUCUCAGUAUAAGUAUGUACAGGUAAUACUGUUGUUUAUUAUUAUUAAUGUUGUUGUUUCCUUUUGCACAGUUAUUACUUUUCUUUCCUUUUCUUUUCUUUGUCCUGCAACUGUCCUGCUGCUGCUUAAAAGCAUUUCCCCAUUCUGGUAUUAAUA